CAGCCAGCCAAACAAACAUUGGGACGGAUUCAGUGAAAAUUAAUUAAAAAUCUCACACAAAGCAUGCAAAAAUCUUCACAUUUUGCACGCGAGGAUUCCCAGGAGCAUCUACCCAGUCCACACCACACAGUUAACAUGAAGCGACGCACUCUGGCAGGCAGCUGUGGCGUUGGCGUCUUCGUCUUUGCGUUCGCUUUCAUUGCCAUUGCGUUUGUAACGCCCAGUUGGCUGGUGAGUGAUUAUCGUAUUACGGGUGCGAAGUUGGACAGGCUGGGUCUUUGGGUGCACUGUUUCCGCUCUCUGCCCGAUGUUAAUGAUGACAGUCAGCGCCGCUUCUUCGUCGGUUGCCGUUGGGUCUACGAUCCAUUUACCACAGGCUACGAUGAGAUUCGUGGUUUCCUGCUGCCCGCCUUCAUGAUUACCACACAGUUCUUUUACACACUUACCUUCAUUGGUAUGCUGGCCAGCGCUAUUGGUGUACUGGUGUUCUUCCUUUGCGCGGGACCGGAUCAGAAGCACUUCCUUACGCUUAUUCGUUCGCUAGGUUAUGUGCAAUUGGCCUCUGGUGUUAGUGCGGCCAUUGCGGUCAUUGUGUUUGCAGUGUUUGGCAAUCGUAAUGGUUGGAUGCCAGAGCAUGCGAACAAUUGGUUUGGUUGGUCGUUUGUGCUGGCAUGUGUGGGUACCGUCUUCACUAUAGUGGCGGCUACCCUAUUUCUAACCGAAGCGCAUGUGCAGCAUCGCAAACGUUUGCAGUUCAAGGAAUCGCAGACGCGUUUCGAAUUAGUGCGAGGAGGUUAAAAGCCUGAAACAGGCAUUCAAGCAACGUGACAAUAAUUUGGCAGCACCCGCACUACAUACUAUAACAAAAAAAAAAACAAACAACAGUACACGAAACAUUCCGUCCCCACGACACUUCAACGAAGAAUUCUCACCAUAUAAUUAAAUGUAGUUUUAGUCGGAAAAACAAUAGCGUCGAAUCUGGCGCUGACGCAGUAGUUGAAUGUUUAUGCAAUUGACAAUCCCCCUCGCAUAUCGCAUGAUCACCAGAGAACGCACAAGCAACAGACCAGAAGAGACUUUCAGUUGGUACUUAUGACUCAUUCAACAUCAGUUCAUCCAUAUAGUCGGCAGCGACAACAACAACAACGACCAAUGGCAAAAUCGUUAGAAGACUGACUGAAUCUGCAUACUUCUGCCAAUCUUCGUUUGAGAACAAAAUGAACUGCAACUCAGCAACGAAGUGAAUUUACACACAAAUAAUACCCAAAUAAUUUCAAUUAUGAUGCUCAAGUGAAUCAUUCCCGUUCGUUUAAAAAUAUUUACAUAUCUGAACUUACGCUCAAUUAGCGCACAAAGUUUCCAAUACCCCCUACCCAUUCAUACAAACAGUAAAGUCGAUUAGCUUUUGAUGGCGCAGGCACUUUGAACUGGCAAGAAAUAUUCGUCUAUGUAUAUGUAUUGUGCCUUAAUUAGUGAUCUGUUAUAGUUUAUAGUGCCUUUAUGAAAAUAUUGUUAGAUCUUACUACCUGUUCAAUGUGCCAUGCGCGUCAACUGGCAUCGACGUCCAAUUGGAUUGCAUAAACAUCUACUAACAUAGUGUUUUAGUUAAGUUUGCCCCAUGGAAAAAAUCCAGCCAUUUUAGGCAUUCCAAAAUGUUUUUUACACAAUUGUCUUUUUAUAUUCAUUAUUCUGUCAAUCCUUUGUCUUUUUGUAAAGGUUAAGAUAAUUCUCAGCCCACUUUUAAAACCCAUCCCUUUAAAAUUUUGUACUGUAUUCGAAUGUACUGUAUAAACAUCUACUAACAUAGUGUUUUAGUUAAGUUUGAACCAUGGAAAAAAUUGAGCCACUUUAGAACCCCAUACUUUAAGGCAUUCCAAAAUGUUUUUUACACACUUGACUUUUUAUAUCCAGUAUUCUCUGUCCUUUAUCUUUUUGUAAAGGUUAAGAUUAUUCUCCGUCCAAUUUUUUAAUGCAUACCUUUACAAUGUUGUACUGUAUUCAAAUGUAUUAAAUGUUUUACCAUAAGAUUGUUCUCCGUCCAAUUUUUAAGCCCACACCUUUACAAUUUUGUACUGUAUUCGAAUGUAUUAAAUGUUUGUACCAUAAAAGUGGCAUUUACAAACUGUAUACAAAUACCAUAUAUGUAACUUAUUUUGUACAAAUGAGUUCUUAGA